CACUUUCUCUCUGUUUACCUAUAAAUUAAAAAAAAAAAAAAAAACUUUCGAAAGAAAAUUCCUGCCUUGCAGACAAGCUCAUAAAACCUUCCAUUUAUUUUUUUAAAAAAAAUUGUUAUCUCUUCCAGAAAUAGAAAUAGGAAUAGAAAUAGAGAGAGAAAAGUAAUUUUACCGUUCGGAUCUGUGUUUCUGGAGGAAAUGGCAUCUGGAUCAUCGGGUCGGGGAAACACGGGUAAUUCCAAAGGGUUCGAUUUUGGGUCCGAUGAUAUUCUUUGCUCCUAUGAGGAUUACGGCAAUCAGGAAUCGUCUAAUGGCAACCACACCGAACCCAACAGCUCCAAUAAGGAGUUUCACAAAGGAAGAGUGGCACGUUCAAUGUUUCCACCUAGUGGAUACAGUCAGCCGGAAGACUCUUUCUCCUCAGAUGUGGCUGCUACUGUUGAAAAAACCAUGAAAAGAUACACAGAUAAUCUCAUGCGCUUUCUUGAAGGAAUAAGUUCUCGAUUAUCACAGUUGGAGCUAUAUUGCUACAAUCUUGAUAGAUCAAUUGGAGAUAUGCGAGCUGAUUUAGUUCAUGGGAAUGGAGAUGCAGAUUCAAAGCUUAAAUCUAUUGAGAAACAUCUACAAGAGGUCCACAGGUCUGUGCAGAUCCUAAGAGAUAAGCAGGAGCUUGCGGAGACUCAGAAGGAGUUGGCUAAGCUACAACUUGCACAGAAGGAGUCUUCUUCCAGCCAUUCACAAUCUACUGAGGAGAGAGUAUCACCACCUGCCUCUGAUCCUAAAAAGACUGACCUCACAUCUGAGAUGCAAAACCAACAAUUAGCUCUUUCCCUACCUCAUCAAGUAGCAUCACAACAACAGCCCGUGGCGCCACACUCUCAAGCCCCACCUCAAAAUUUGACCCAACAAUCCUACUACAUGCCUUCAAAUCAAUUAUCCAACCCUCAAGCUCCAGCUGCAGCUCCUUCUCCAGCCCCCGCCCCUAACCCUAACCCUCCCCCUGCCCCAGCACAAAAUCAGCACCCCCCGAGUCAAUAUUUGACUUCUGAUCCUCAGUACCGACCGCCUCAGAUACAAGACAUCUCUAGGAUGCCAACACAGCCUACACAAGCCCAAGGUAAUCAGGUCCAAUCAUUCCCUCAGUAUCAGCAGCAAUGGCCUCAACAAUUAUCACAGCAAGUGCAACCGCAGCAGCAGUCCUCUAUGCAACCACAGAUGAGGGCCCCAUCAACACCAGCUUACUCUCCCUACCCUCCAACUCAAUCAACAAAUCAAUCUCAACCAGAGGCGUUGCCAAACAGCAUGGCCAUGCAGGUCUCAUAUUCUGGACUUCCUCAACCCGUGUCUAGCCGUGCUGAUACCAUUACUUAUGGGUACGGAGUACCUGGCAGAACAGCUCCCCAACAACCUCCUCAACAAAUCAAAGGCACUUUUGGAGCACAACCGACUGAUAGGUACACAGGACCUGGCUCCAAUCCCACCUUUCCUCCAGGAAGUGCAUACAUGGUAUAUGAUAGUGAAGGGGGUAGAACACAUCACCCGUCCCAGCAGCCUAACUUCUCACAGGGUGGGUAUCCCCCAGCAGCAAAUGUCUCUCUUCAGACUCAACCAGGUGCUGGCCCUAAUGUUAUGGUUAGGAACACCAACCAUCCGCAGUUUGUUCGCAAUCAUCCCUACAGUGAGCUGAUUGAAAAGUUGGUGAGCAUGGGUUUCAGAGGUGAUCAUGUUGCCAGUGUGAUUCAGAGGAUGGAAGAGAGCGGGCAGCCUCCGGAUUUCAAUGCUGUGCUUGAUAGAUUAAAUGCACAUUCCUCUGGUGGUUCUCAAAGAGGAGGAUGGUAAAGCGCAAUCGCAUACCUGAGUUGGGCUUUGGGUAUUAUUCGAAUAAAGGGUGGUAGAGUUCUCGUUUAUAUGUUGGGAGGGAUAUGAAUAUUUGUAUGUUACCUCAUAAUUAAAACUUCUACUGGGAAAUGUUUGCUUUUAUUUGGGUUAAUUUCAGUUUUAUUAUCUAAUGCAAUAACCCCUGCUACUUAUCUUAAA